AUGGUGAAUUUAUUAAAUCUUAAUGCAUUAAAUUAUGAAGAGGCAUUGUCCUUUUGUAAAAAUACAGAUAAGAAGGAUGUUAUAAACAUUUUUAAAGAUUGUUUUUUGUAUGCACCACAUAAAGUAGAUAGUAUAUCUCGUCUAAUAGUAGAUUUGUGUCAUGACAAUUCUGGUUUUAUUCAAGAUAUUAAGGAUCUUACUAAGCUUACUUGUAGUUCAGUAAAGACAUAUGUAUCCUUUUUAAUUUAUUGUAAAAGCUUAAACUGUAAAGUAUCGCAAAUUAAAGUAAAAGUGGUAGAAAAUGAUUUUUUUAAAGACGAAAAGAUAGAAAUUGUAAAUGAAGUAGAAGUUAAUGAAUUUUUGAAUGAUUUAGAAAUAUUUAUUGAUAAUAUUAGGAUGAAUUUGGAUGGAGAUAUUAAAAGUAAUCUUGUUAACUUUAAUGAGAUCUCUCUUUUUAAAAUUAUAAGCAUUAUUGAAAAUUAUCAAUUUGACAUUUACGAAUGUUUAGAUGUUUUACAUAAAGAAUAUUCCACUUAUGAGAUAUUUAUUGGAAUUUUGUUUUUAAUUAAUAAUAGUAGUAUUAAUUCAUUUUAUUUAAUUAAUCUUUAUCUUAGAUCUAUUUACAAUGAAGAAAAUUCAAAAAUUUUACUUAAAAUAUUUCCUAUAAUGAAAAAAGAUACAAGAGACCGGCUUAUUGCUUUUAUCUAUGAAUGGUUUAUCAAUAGAAGAAAAUUUAAGAACUUGCAGGAAGAAAACAUACCAUUUGAAACACCCGAAGAAAUUUUAGAAUUAAAAAAAUUUAUUGACAAAGACACUGUAGAAGAGCUUAGAAAAUUUUUAAGUUUACAGAGCCUAGAAUUGUUUAUUCCAGAAUUUAAAUCGAUUUAUGAAGUUGGGUCAAUUAAUUCAAUAAAAAAAGAAGACCUUGAUUUUAAUAAAAAUAAAAAAGAUUUUUACAGGGAUUUUUGUCUUUUAGGAUCGCCAUCAGUCUCACACUUUCUAAGUUAUUUAGAAAUUUAUAAAAAUGAAAUGAAAAUGGAUGAAGAGCAGCAAAAAAUAUUUUUAGAAAUUUUUUGUGAAAUAUUUAGUAACAGAACGAGUUUUAAAAAAAUUGUUAUAGAUAAAAUGGUAAAAUUUAAUUUUAUAAAAAGUGAAUUACUAUUGAAAUAA